AUGAAGAGUUUUAAACCUAAAAUACUACGUCCAGCGGGGACAAUCCCUGAGCCGAGGGACAGUGCUAGCAGAAGCAGCGGCGUGUUUACCCCGUGGUUACGCUCCCCCGGCAGCUGCCAUCAGCCGCCAGUAGAUGCACGGCACUGGAGUACCCUGCCGAAGGGACGGACGGGCGUCCAGGGACUCAGGAGAGCACAAGGACCACCGAGAGCAAAGGGCAGCGAGAGGAAGGGAAGGCGGCUCUGGCAACGCGCCUCGGGAGAGCGGCGAAAGCUCAGCCGCGAUGAAAAUGAAGCAGAGAGACCAGAGGAAGAAAAAUCUGGUGCUCCACCCCCACCUGGAAGUGAAGAGGAAGCUGCAGAAAAUGGAGUUGUGAAAACGAAGACGGCAGAGGCCGAGGAUGACAGUGAUAGUGAUAGUGAUGAUGACGAAGAUGAUGUUCAAGUCACCAUAGGGGAUAUUAAGACAGGAGCGCCACAGUUUAGUUAUGGAGCAGCACCUGUGAAUCUCAAUAUUAAGGCAGGAGGACGAGCUUAUGGAUCUUCUGGUGCAAAAGUUAAAGGACUGGAUCUAGAUGCACCAGGGAGUAUUAAUGGUGUGCCACUUCUGGAAGUAGAUUUAGAUUCUUUUGAAGAUAAACCUUGGAGAAAGCCAGGGGCUGAUCUCUCCGAUUAUUUUAACUAUGGCUUCAAUGAGGAUACCUGGAAAGCUUACUGUGAAAAACAAAAGAGAAUACGAAUGGGUCUUGAAAUUUUGCCAGUUACCUCAACCACAAAUAAAAUUACGGCUGAAGACAAAGCUAUGGAAGUAAGACCAAGUGCAGAGAUUCUCGAUGGCAGAUACCAUCUUUUUAAGGUACAGCAGGGCAGAACUGGAAAUUUGGAGAAAGAGUUGGCAGUGCAGUCGACCAAACCUGAUUUCACAUCUCCUCCUGCCUUAUUCAAAUCAGGAAUUCCAGCAAACAGGCGGAUAUCUGGCACAAUAGAUGUGAUUGGACAGACCAUCACUAUCAGCAGGGUGGAAGGACGACGGCGUGCUAAUGAAAACAGCAACAUACAGGUUCUUUCAGAACGCUCUAAUCCUGAAGUAGACAGCUUUACCAAGCCACCUCCAUUUUUCCCUCCAGGAGCCCCACCCACUCACCUUCCACCACCUCCUUUCCUCCCACCCCCUCCAACUGUCAGUACUGCUCCACCUCUGAUUCCCCCACCAGGUAUACCAAUAACAGUGCCACCACCAGGUUUUCCACCACCACCUGGCGGUCCUCCACCUUCCCUCAUACCCACAAUAGACAGUGGACAUUCUUCUGGCUAUGAUGGUCGUUCUGUUCGUGCAUUUUCAUAUGGCAGUGAUGAUGAAGUGGAGCUCAAAACAAACGAUUUAUUGAAAGUUAGGAAAGCUAGCAAGGCAGAUAAGCAGAAAGGGAGAAGUCCUCAGUACUUCACCUUUCCACACCCUGCAGGCUCUGCACCCUCAUGGUCUAGUCUUCUGGACACCAGCAAACAGUGGGAUUACUAUGCACGAAGAGAGAAGGACAGGGAACGUGAGAGAGAGAGAUCCCGAGAUCGGGAUCGUGACCGGGACCGAGACAGGGAUCGAGACCGUACCAGAGACAGGGAAAGGGACCGAGAUCAUAGUCCGUCUUCAAGUGCGUUCAACAGUGAUGAAGAACGCUACAGAUACAGAGACUAUGCAGAGAGGGGCUAUGACCGCCAUAGGACAAGUAGAGAGAAAGAAGACAGACACAGAGACAGGAGACACAGAGAGAAAGAAGAGAGUCGACACAAGUCAUCUCGAAGUAACAGCAGACGUCGUCAUGACAGUGAAGAAGGGGAUAGCCACAGAAGGCACAAACACAAGAAGUCCAAAAGAAGCAAAGAAGGAAAAGAAGCCAGUGGUGAACCUGCUCCUGAACAGGAAAACACUGAAGCUGCCCCUGUGGAAUAGGCUUGUGUGAUUUUUGCCUACUUGCAUAUAUAUUAGUGCCAGAAAUAGAUUACUAUAAAUCUUGUUAUUUUUCUGGGAAUUAUAAUAAUUUGCUCUUAAUCUUGUUCUGUUAGUUUGAAAUCAAAGGUUACUUUGGUUUUUUUUGAAAAUAAAAGAACGAAUUUUUCAUGUUAA